CCACUAUUCUGUACACCGGGACAAUUUCUUGCUCUACUUAUACUAUAUCAAGUAUAAAGUUAUUCGAUCUUCGCAUCCAACGAGAGAAAAAUAAUUUCUUGAUUUCAAAAUUGGAGGCUAAGUACAUCACAGAUCUGAUCGGAUUUAAUUAUAUGACUAGAGUCAAAAAAAUAAUUUUACAACAAAACAAUAAUCUAAUAAAUUUUAUCAUGUUAUCAACAUAUUUAUCUAUCAGCUGUAUUAACAUGACCAUGCAAUGGAAAAAAUGUUUCCUUUAUCUAUGAAGUAAUAGCAACUGUGCGUAUUAUCACUCAGUCAAUUCAAACGAUAAAGUGAAAAAAUGACGAAAAGUAACGAACUGACUGAAAGAAAUAACUAGCCUGUUUAUGAAGAAAUCGGAAAUAACCUAAACCCAUAAGUGUGAAUAGAAAGCGAAUAGAUUCAAUUGAUUAUUAUAAUCUGUUCGAGUUAAAAAAUGUCAGAAAUGGAACUUCAAUCGGUUUCACCCGAACCUUCGCAACCAGUAACGACUCUAACUAUUCAACCAUCAGCGUAUCGUAUACUACGUUCACCAAGUCACGAAAGUGUCACAACCGAUUUAUCACUCUUCAGCGUUUCGUCGAUAGCAAGUAAUAUUAAAAGUAGUAAUCGAAUAAUUGCUAUGAAAUCAUUUAGUGAUAAACAUCUGUCUGGUCGCGAAUCAUCACCAAAUCCCAAUGUUCGUGGCAGCGAAAAUAACAGGCCAGCAGACAUUCCUGAAAUUUUAUGGUUUGAAGAAGAAACCGAAUUAAUACGUAGUUGUGCUGCGCUUUCAUCAGCUCUUGGCCUCUCAAAGAGUUUUAGUGCCAGUGACGUAACACAGUUACCCAGUCUAGAAGCAUCUUGCCCACAGGUAUUACGGCCUGCGGUUUCAGCUCUUGCUUUAAAUUCUGCGCAUUGCGACAAAUUUUUUAUAGAGCAGGCUCAUAUUGAUCAUGCAUCGAGAUCUUGUAGCACUUGGGUAGCCGUUGGUGAUAUUGCCAGUACAUCACAAUUACCGAGUCCACAUGGAGGCACCUCUCAACAAAUAUCAACAUCACUACAUCCGCAACCUAUACCUUUUACAGCUGCUGAUCUUGUGAGGUCUGUUAAUAAAAAAGUUCGUCAAAAUUAUAUCCGACGGAGACUAUUAACAACUUAUCGUGCUCUUGAACGACUUUCACAGAGUGAAUUCAAUUUAGACAGACUAGAAGCAGCUGCGUCGGCUGCACGAACCACGUCAGGUGUAACUCUCGUAGUACCUUCGACUAGUUUAAACAAAGAUAAGUCAACAAUAGUCAAUCGUAAGACUAGUGAUUAUCCACUUACAGUGAGUGACGUUGAACGUGAACGUGGUAAGCAAUUGACAAAAUAUGAAAGAAAUAUGAUGAUAUUCAAUUGGUUACACAACCUAAAUGACGAUCAGGAUGAAAACCUAUCAACCGAAAAUGAAAUCAAAGUUCUGAAUGAUUAG